GAUAAACAAGCUAGUUUGAAAGAGAAAAAGAAAGCUGAAAUGGUUAAUCAAUUACAUGAGAGGGUACAACAAAACAUAGAGCGACGAACUCAGCAAUAUGCAAAUCAAGCCAACAAAGGGCACAAGGAAGUUGUGUUUGAACCUGGAGAUUGGGUUUGGGUGCAUAUGCGGAAAGAGCGAUUCCCUGCACAAAGGCAUUCUAAGUUGCAACCAAGAGGCGAUGGACCAUUUCAAGUGAUCGCAAGGAUAAAUGACAACGCAUACAAGUUGGAGCUUCCUGGUGAGUAUAAUGUUGUGCUACUUUUAAUGUUUCUGAUCGCAAGGGUUAUUGCUAUUGCCGGUUCACACUCCUUUAGUCAGAUGGUUGCUGAUGGGAAUCAACAUGACCCCACAUGUACCAUGUCAAGAGAUCCAUUACACAUUCCAGGAGGUCCAGUCACGAGAGCUAGAGCUAGGAAGAUGCAAGAAACUUUAAAUGGUCUUAUUGAGCAGAUCUGGGUUGAUAACAACAUGCAAGAAUUAAAUCAAAACUUGGAUGAUUAUCAAGGCAUGAUAAACAUCAUUCAGGUUCAAGAGAAGCUUAAUUGAGGUCAUUUAUGCUAAAUUACACAGUUUGCGUCAAUCUCGCAAUUCUGUCGCAAUUUGUAACAAAUUGAUAUUUCAUGU